AAUGCUGAGACGGACACAAGAAAGUCCAAAGAGAUAUUGUCAAACCUCAUCUGCUUCAUGGCAUGUAUAUGUUUGUCAGUCCCGUGAACCUUAAGAACAACAGCAAAGGCAGAGGAGAGGAGAGGACUUGGAAAUGGCUUUCAACUCAACUUGCAAGGACAAGAUCAGAAGCAGCAGCGUGCUCCUAUGCUGCAAGCUCUUCAUCUCCGAGUCGAGGAACCGCGGGGCCCUUGACUGUAUCGAGCGGGCAGCCCGGCUCGAGCCCGAUGCUGUAAUCGUCAAGAAGUUUGAGGACGGGGCUUACAAUCGGGUCCGUUACACACUCGUGUCCUACGUCCUUCACGACUCGACGGGAUGUCCAGUGUACAGCCCCCUGCAGCGGGCUGUGGUGGCUAUGGCUGAAGCUGCAUAUGGAGCAAUAAACCUCGAGUUGCAUUCGGGGGCCCACCCGCGGGUCGGGGUCGUGGACGAUAUCGUCUUCCACCCACUGGCACGGGCUUCUUUGGAAGAAGCCUCUUGGCUUGCCAAGGCGGUUGCUGCUGAAAUUGGAAAUCAAUUCCAAGUGCCGGUGUUCCUGUACGGGGCUGCGCAUCCGAUGGGAAAGGCCCUCGACACGAUCCGACGCGAGCUGGAUUACUACCGGCCCAAUUACCUGGGCUGCCAGUGGGCUGGGUGGACAGUGCCCGAAACCGUUCCCGUGAAGCCCGAAGUGGGCCCGGAUCAGGUCUCCCGGGCUAGGGGCAUCGCCAUGAUCGGGGCACGCCCAUGGGUGGCACUAUACAAUGUCCCAAUCCUCUCCACGGAUGUCUCGGCAGCUCGAAGGAUCGCCCGGGCGGUGAGCGCAAGGGGCGGUGGGCUGCCCACGGUGCAGACAUUGGGCCUGCUCCACGGAGAGGACUUGACCGAGAUUGCCUGCAUGCUUUUGGAGCCCAACCGGGUCGGGGCGGACCGGGUUCAGAACCAGAUCGAAGUACUUGCGGCCCGGGAAGGAUUGGAUGUCGAAAGAGGCUAUUUCACUGACUUGUCGCCUCAGAUGAUUGUAGAGAUGUAUUUGAAAUUGGUGUCCGAUCGACCGUGAACAUAACUCUUAAUUGACCUCCUUUAUCAUCCGUCUGUAAAUAGACCUAAAUAAUUGUCAAUAUAUGUUUAUCAUCGUA